AUGGCGGAGCGGCCCCUCGCGCAGCCCAGCGCGGCGAGCCCCAGCGGCGUCCCCUGCGCGAGCACAGGUGAGGCCAUGUUGCGGCGCGUGUGCGGGCGUCCGUCGAGUCGUCCUCGCUCUCCGUGGUGCUGGUGGGCGCACGUCGCCGCGGCCACGCACGGCGCCGACUGCGUGGAGCAUCACAUGCACAGCUUGCUCUGGAGCGUCGUCGUGGUGCUGGAGGCCAUCGAGCUUGUCUCAGAGGUCACGGGGUCCGACCCGGACGAGCUCGCUCGGCGGCGGCUGCUGUUCGCCAAGGACUACGACCUCCUGACCGCGCCGCACGAGAAGGUGCACCCGGCGUCCGUGCUCCUGCAGGGCGACUUCCACGUCCGGAGAAGGCUGGUGGGCAACCUCAAGGAGGUGCAGUGCAUGGGGGAGGCCUUCGCGGUGAAGCACUUCGUCGGCGCCGACGCCGUGGGCGCCGAGGCCACGCUGCUCACCUCCGUGGCCAGCCCCGGCCGGAUCUUUGAAAGCCUUCCCGUCGCCGCCGUCGUCGUCGGCGUGAUUUGCAGAUCGCGCGCGGGCCUCUCCGGUCGCGCACCGGCUUCCCGACCUCCCGGUCUGCGCAUCGACAGCGAUGGCGCGUGA